UAAUCGCGUCUAAUGGGCGUGUACAGGAGCGCAGAUUCAGCACUAGAGACUGAUGCCCUGAGCAGGAGACGCUCUUUGUGGCUUGAUGACAAUAAUCUGGCAAAUAUAGUUUGGGAAAAGCCGUGAACAGAAGCUGUGUGUUCAAGAUGACGACCACCACCACUUAUCAAGGCAUGGAUCCGACUGCGAGGAGCAGCUCCAGAGUGCUGCGUCCACCAGGUGGAGGUUCAAACAUCUGCUUUGGCACAGAGGAAGAGAAACCUGUGAAAAAAAACAAAAUGGCAUCUAGCAUAUUUGCUGAACCCGAGGACCCUCACGCCCAUCGGAGGAACAAUCCGCCAGGUGGGAAGCCUACAGGUGUGUUGUGUGGUGAGCCAUCUGCCCCGCUCAGAAGAUGUACUGCUCAACCAGUCAACCAAAGUAACACCACACUCGACAAUAAUGUACCUGUGAAUGGUGAUGAAGACUCAGUCAAUGUUGAUAGCGCAGAAGAACUUAAACCUGUUCAGGAGCAGCAUGACACACCAGCUCCUCCUUGCCUCUCUGCAACAGAGCAGCCUGCAGCUGGGCUUCCUUCUGGCCGUAGAAACCCACCGGGGGGCAAAUCCUCUCUCAUCUUAGGCUAAAGCAUUGCCGCACUUAAGGAUAAGAUCUGGGCCUAUGUGAAACAAGCAUCUCAGAGUAAAUGUGCUGUUCUGUAGUCAGUGCUCAUCCUCUGCAUAACUGUAUUCAUAAAAUGACAUAAAGCCACAAAGAACUGAUUCAGAUCGGGGCAAUUUUGUCAGAGCGUGCCACAAAUCUCUGAGCUGUGAUUUGUUCAAAGAAUGUCUUUGAAUAUGUUGAGUGUUGGUCUCUCAGUCUUGUGUCAACUAAAGACCCUUUAGGAAAAACAAAUCCUAUGUAUGCACUGCUACUCUCAGAUUCUACAAACCACAGGCCACAAUUUGCCAUCAAAGUUCUUAACAUUCAACAUUUAGAAGGUUAAACUGCAUUCACGUAAGCCUAAGAAAUGUCUCCCUGAUUGAGUGUUUGUCUCCCUUUUCAUGUAUUAAGUUUUUGUCAGCACUUUAUGAACUGUGGUGCCCAAUUUGCGGUGCCUCAGACCUGCUGGUUAAGACACAAAGUUUCACAUCCAUCACUGCGAAUAAAAAAAAAAGGCUGAAACAUUUGUAGAUGUAAAGGAAAAAAAAAGGUAUAAACACUGAUAUACUGAUCGCUGAAGAGAUAUUUAGUACAAAAGAACAACAAAAACACAAUGAGGUUUAACAGUUACACAUUAAAUCAUUGCCUGCACAUUCAGGUGUGUGGUGAAAGAGAUAACAGAGCAACAACAUGAGAGUGCAAUGAAAUAUUACCUUCUAGUCACUAACAGGUGUGCCAGAAAAGGUGCAUGUGAGCAAGCUAUUAUUUAUUUGUGUUUGUUACAAAAUAUAAAGUUAUAAAACAUGUACAAAAACACAAACAGCCACAGUGUAAAGCCAUUUUAUCAAAUCAUUCAAGUAUUCCAUAUUCAACAAAAAGAUUGAAAGUUCUUAUUGCCUUGUUAUUUUUGACGUAUGCCAAAAAGGUGCUGUAAUAAAGUGUGUAAUAGAGUCUGUUCAUUUUUUUUAUGUACAUUAACUUUUCUCAAAUUAAAAAAAUUAGUACA